AUGGAUUGUUCAGAGGAGGUUCAGUCUGUGUCUGAGGAGCCCAGAGCGCAAAUGGAGCUGAAAAAAGGAAUGUCGAUUUUCAUAGAUAUUUUACGGAGGGCUGAUAAAAAUGAUGAUGGAAAGCUGUCCUUUGAUGAGUUCAAAGCCUACUUCUCUGACGGAGUCUUGACAUCUGAGGAAUUAAAGGAGCUCUUCCACACAAUUGACACUCAUAACACAGACAAUGUGGACACUGAUGAACUCUGUGAGUAUUUCUCCCAACACCUCUGUGAAUAUGAGAAUGUUCUCGCUGCCUUAGAAGACCUGAAUAUGUCCAUACUGAAGGCGAUGGACAAAACCAAGAAGGAUUAUCAGGAGUCCACCCACUUGGAACAGUUUGUGACCCGCUUCUUGCUGAAGGAGACAACCAAUCAGCUACAUUCACUUCAAAGCUCUCUGGAGUGUGCCAUGGAAACCACCGCUGAGCAGACUCGCCAGGAGAAACAGGGCCUGCUGAAGCCAGAGGUGUUGUCCAUCCAGUGGUCGGGUCGUCGCUCCCAUCGCAGGCUUCAGAGGAACAGCAGCCUCUCUCCUAACAACCCUCUCCUCAGUCUCGUCAAUUCAGGUUUUUAUGAAGAAGACAGCCAGUGGAUGAUCCAGGUCAACCGACUGCAGAGGCUCAUCGACCGUCUCGAAAAGAAGGAGAUCCGGCUGGAGCCCGUGGAAGAGGAGGUCUUGGAGAGCAAAUCGCACAUCCUCAUAGUCCAGAGGCAGCUCUCAGUGCUGGAGGAGGAGCUGGAGGAGUUUCGUUUGGCUCUCAGACAGUACAUGGAUUGUGCCUGCGCCCAGACUGGAUGUCUACACGUCGCAGUGCAGCGGCUGGCAAAUGAAUCACGCUUCAUUCUCUAUGAAUUCUGGGAGCAUAACAACGUGUGGAAGAAUCACCUGCAGACCAACUACAGUAAGACCUUCCAGAGGGGGAACGUGGACUUCCUGGAAACUCCUGAGAGCAUAACCACCAUGCUGGUUCCUGCUUCAUGGUGGGUCCUCAACAACAACUGA